AUGGAGCAGAGUGAGCAAAUUGUUAGGCAACAGGCAGAAAUCACCAAACAGCAAGCUGAGCUACUCGAGCUCAAGAAGCAGGAGAGACCCGGGGGGCGACUGGUGGAUCCAAGGAACAUUCCCAAACCCCCAUCUUUUUCCGGUCGAAAAGAAGACUGGGAGCGGUGGAAGCAUGUUUUUCUGUCUUGGCUAGGAACCAUACAUGACAAGUACCCUGGUUUGUUGAACUGGGCAAGCAAGCAGAAAGAGAGCAUUGACCAUGACAGUGAUGAUGUCACUCUUGAAGAUUUGCAAUUGAGUCAAGCGUUGUAUGCGAUUCUUGUCGGUUACUGUUCUGAGCAGACUCAGCAGCUGAUCACUCAGGUUCCUGACGGAAAUGGGCUGGAGGUGUGGCGCGUGCUGAGUAAGACAAACGAGCCGAGCAACCGAACGAAGAGCUGGGUGUGGAGAAGACAUCUCAUGAACCCUCAAUUCCCAAGUGACAUCAACAAAUGGUCUGAAGCCUUUCACCAGUGGGAGGCUGAGAUGAACGAGUUUGAAAAGCAGUUUCGAAAAGUAGAACCCGACGAUAAGCUGAGCGUUUUGGUUCAUGUUGCCCCAAAGGAAAUUCAGCAGAUGAUUUUCUUGCAUAGCAACACUUUGGACACGUACAGCAAAACCAAGGAGUACAUAGAACAGUACCUUACAUCCCGAAACCUUUGGAGGCGACCCCAAGGCUCGAGUUUUGGUGCGCCAAAGAAGUCUCAUGUUGAUGAUGGUGGCCCUGCCCCCAUGGACAUAGGAGCUGUAAAGGCAGGAAAAGGAAAAGGGGGCAAGGAGGGCAACAAAGGCAAGUGGGACCAAGGUGGGAACUCGGGCAAGUGGGGCGACAAUCGCGGCUGGAGGGAUCGGGGUGGAAAGGACUCCGGAAAAGGAGAUAAGGGUGGAAAAGGAAAAGGAGGAAAAGCAAGUGGUGGUGGCAAGCCAGGUGGAAAGGAUGCGGGGAAGUCUGGGCAUGACAAAGGAAAGAAGGAAGGAAAAGGAAAAGGAGCAGGAACAAACCCACACGCGGGGAAACAAUGCCAUGUGUGCAAAAGAUAUGGUCACAUCGCGGCGGAUUGUUGGUGGAAGGUGUCUGACAUUUCCGAGGACAAGACAAAUCAGGAGGCCCAGGCGUCCACGGGAGGUGUAGGUUCCAUAUCUGAGCAAGUCCAUGAUGUAGAUCACAACAACAUGUUGUUUGCGGUGACGGAUCGCAUCUGUGGCGUGCGCGACCACAGUGAGGAUGUUUACAUGUUGAUCGACUCGGGUGCUUGUGAAAGUGUGGCGCGAAAUGGAGAGUUCAGUGACAACUUUGAGCCAAUGCCACAAGGGAAGCAACUCUUUUCAGUGCAAGGCACUGCGCUGAGAAUCUAUGGCAAGCAGUAUCCCAAGGUGAGGCUGGACGACGGUACAGUGGGCGAAGUGGACCUGACUGUCACCGAUGCCAGUGAAACUUUGCUCAGUGUACACAGCCUUGUCUACAAAGGGUUCGAGGUCACGUUUGGUCAAGAAGAGAGCUAUCUUAGCAAAGAUGGGCAGAGAUACCCAUUAGUGAAGAAAGGAAAGAGGUGGUAUCUGAAGGUUGAGAAACUAUCGCCCAGCGAGGCAGGCGUCACUGCGCAGCGCAUUGCAGCGCUGGAGGGUGCCACCUCAUCGUCUUCGCGAGCUCCAGUCAGCGAAAAGAAGCCAGUGGACUACUGGAAGACAGAGCGCGAUUUGGUCAUCCGUGUUCAUGUGGUGCCAAGGCUCAGGAAGUUUAGCCCUGCGGAUGCUGACGAUUGCCCAGUGAUCGUGGGCGACUUGGAACCAGUCAGAGCAACUGAGGCCAAGUGGGUGGAUCGGACAGCAAGCGAGAGCUUCGAGGAUCUCUGGUUUGGAGUCAAGAAUCCCAGAGAAUCUUUGCUGCGGUAUUGGACAGGUGAGACCAUCUUCAAGCUUAAGCCCCAGGAGGCUCAAGAAUCCCAACGAAUGGACUUGGAGGACCCGUUUGGCAAAGAUGACGAGGGAGAUGAGUUGGCCGACGAUGCGAUGACAUUGUGGGAACUCAAGGAGCGAGAAGAGGCGAAGCAACAGCCCAUCAUGGCAGAACCAGUAGAGCCAAGCCCCGAGGAAGUCGCUGAGCACGAGCUUCACCAUGCAAACUUUGAACCUUGGUGCAAGGUUUGUGUUGAAGGGCAGGGACGUGAGAAAGCACAUCGCCGACAACAUGAGGAUCCGAAGGAGCACAUCAUUUACAGCGACUACAUGUACUUCACAGCUGAGGGGAAGCAAAAGAACAAGGAGGAGGUUGAAAAGAGCAAGGACUCAGAGGAGUUGAAAGGUUUGGCGAUUGUUAUGACAGCGAUCGACAAGGACAGCCAAUGCCCCUUUGCAGUGCAGGUGCCUUCGAAAGGCACAAAGAGGAACAUGUACGCGGUCAAUGCAAUGGUGGACUGGAUAAAGGACUUGGGUUGGAAGAAAGUGACAAUUCAGAUCGACCAGGAAAGUGCACUGGCGAAGGUGUUCGAGCAGGUGCAGCAAAGGAUGGGUAUGGACGUGGUGGCAUUGAGAAGGAGCCCGAGGUACUCUUCCCAGAGUUUGGCAGACGGUGAGAUGGUCAAUGGACUCAUUGCUGGCAAAGUAAGGACUUGGGUGGCCAGUCUCCGGGAUAACUACAGCGAGCAAGUGAUACAAACCACGGACAUCCUGUUUCCUUGGAUUGUGAGAUUUGUGAGUUGGUCGUUGCCGAGGUUCCACGUGAACCAGUCCCGAACAACACCAUUCCGAGUGCUCAAGGGUUACGACUACAUCUCGGAAUGCCUUCCUUUUGGUGAAUGUGCGCUUGGAAAAUAUUCAGCGAAGAAGUCUGGGGUCAAGAGUGCUUCCAGAUGGGCGUGUGGGAUCUACGUCGGAAAGACCGCUAGCUCCGAUGAACACAUCCUGUUGACGAGUGCAGGAGCUCAGACGUUUAGAACUAUCAGGAGGAUGACACACGGAAGGCGUUACCAAACGAGUAUCUUGGACAAGGCAGCGGGAGUUCCUUGGAACACGGUGUACAAGGCCGACCAGCGCAAGCCAGAGGAGAUCAGGAGCAAAGUGACAGCGCAGACAGCGCCAGAGAUGAGUGAUCCGGAGUAUGAGCCGACUGACAUCGAGCCAGCUGCAGACGAGCCUAAGACCAUGGUAGUAGUGCCGCCGGUGCCCGCUCCAAGCGUGCACCUGACGCAAAAGGAAGCCGAGGAUGCAGGCGGCGUGGCGCGACAGAUUGACGCAGACAUGACCAAUGCGGACGAGGCGAAAAGGACAACAGCAAUGCCGAGCCGCUCUGGAAAAGUCAGAAGAACAGAGGCCACAGCAAAGGCAAAGUCAGAACCAGCGUCAUCAGCCGCAGCAGCCUCAAGGGCAGUGCCAGGAGAGGUAAGCAGUGAAGACAGCAGUUCACCGAGCUCUAGUUCGCCCACCUCGCGGUCGAGGUCGAGACACUCAGGAAAUGAGGAGAACACAGAGAAGCCAGAGUUAGGAGGUGAUGUAGGAUCUCCUAGCAAGGAAGUGGGCGACACCCAGGGUUUAAGCACACCUGUGGGUGCUACCACAAUGGAAGACACAGUGAGCGCAAUCUUGGAGGAAACCGAGGAGAGAGAUCAGAUAUCUUCGGUGGCGGACUACUUGGACGCGUGCGUGGUGGAUGAAGAGGCUAGGCGCAAGGCCCGACUCGAGGAGAUCGAGAAGCUGGAUGAGAUGUUCAAGGCUUUCACGCCCCGCGAUCGUAGGGCGUUGCCGAAAGAAAUAAAAGUGUUUGGACAUUGUUGGGUGGACAAGGUGAGCAGUGGCAUAGCCAAGUCACGACUCACCUGCCAAGACUUCAAGCGAAACAAUGGUGCAGACAAGAACUCAUCAGAAGGACAAAACAACUUUUGCCCAACUCCAGGACACAGCACAACCAAGAUGCUGGAGGUAUACAGCCUCUACCACAACUUUCCGAGAGUGAAGGCGGACCUCACGUCAGCCUUUCUCAUCGCCCGAGAUGGAGGCGACGAAAAGGGACAACCGGUGUGUAUGAAGCCGCCAAGAGAGUGGCUGGACAACCUGGAGGUGUGGCUAUCCAGACAGCCAGCAGACAAGCGAGAUGAAAUCGGAAGCAUUCCAAAGGAACACUUGGUGUGGCAAGUGGAUGGCAACAUCUAUGGGAGGCAACCAGCCGCCAGCCAGUACAGAGACAGGCUGGAUGAAAUACUUGUAAGCAAGUUGCCCAAGGAUCGGUAUGACUUCGUCCGAGGCCGGUUGGAUGGAUGUGUGUUUAGGUGCACGAAGACAAAGAUUGCGGUGAUACACCACAUUGACGACUUUGACGUCACCGGUCCAGAAAAUGACUUGGAUGAUCUUCUGAAGGUACAGUUGCCCAAGCAUGGGUGCAAAGUGAAAGUGGGAGAGUUUGAAUGGCCAGAAAAGCAUGGCAAAACAAGCUCAGAGUUUCUGGGACGAGAGAAGAUCAGUGUGGAAGGAACCGUGUUGACUAAGCCCAAUGCCAAGCACACCGACAACAUCCUCAAACUGUUGAACCUCGAGAAUGCAAAGAGCAGCCCAGUGCCCGGGAGAAAAUUGGAUCUGGACAACAACAGCGAGCAAUUGUUGGACGAGAAAGAGAAGAAGAUUUUCCAAUCGUGUGUAGGUAGUGCGAUCUACUUGUCCCAGGACAGGAUCGACGUGAAGUUCGCUGUGAAAGAGUUGGCGCGUCGAAUGAAAGAUCCGCGGAAGGCUGACAUGGCGAACCUAAAGGUGCUGGGGCGAUAUCUCAAAGGGACACGAGAUCUGGGACACCUAACAAAGGUGGAGGAUCUCGAAAGCUCAGCCGCAGGAGAGCGGGAGCUACCGCUGCACGCUUACUGUGACAGCGACUAUGCGGGAGACACAGAGUCAAGGAAAUCUACCUCAGGCGAGGUUCUUGUACUUGGUGGGACAGUGGUUGAAGCAAACUCGACUACUCAGUCGGGGAACCCAGCGACAAGCUCAGGCGAGGCAGAGUUGAGAUCGUUGAAUCACUGCGCCCAGUCAAGUAUGUACAUUCAGAACUUAGCUAGGUACGAUUUUGGCCUUCCGGUCUCCACGCCUCGCAUUUGGUGCGAUUCAUCAGCAGCCUUGCAAGCAGCCAAACGAAUAGGUGUGGGAAAGAUGAGACACAUUUCUUUGGCACAUCUGUACAUCCAAGAAUUGGUGAAAACAAAACAGGUCAUCAUAGGAAAAGUGAAAGGCGUUGCGAAUCCUGCUGAUUGUCUGACCAAACAUUUGAAGACAGGCGAAGAAGUCAGACAAGCCUGUGAACUCACAGGGAUGGUCCAACUCAGCAAAGCUGGCAUGGACGAGCAGGGAGCUACCUCACUGAACAUGGGAGAAGCCCUUGUAGUGAGAAGUGCAAUGGUCACAGUUCUGCAGCUUGUGGAACGAGGAACUGUGGAGCAGUACCUCAGU